GAAAAUUAAACCAUGUAAACCUGUUCUGGUACAAUCCCUAAAUAAGAUUUUGAACCUGAAAAUGAGCAUAAUACCACCUCUUUAAUAAGACUCAAGACCUCAGAGGUAACCCAAACGUGCUGUUUGCCAACUUGUCCAACAUCUGUAACUAAUCCAUGCAUUGAUAAAUUGAGUAGUCAACCUCAUUCAAUAUACAUACAUAGUUGUCAGGCUAUGUUUUUGUGAGUGGGACUGACCAUUUCCAUUCUGAGCUGCCAUACUAAUGCUUGCUUUCAUGAUUACAUGAACUUUUGUUUGGAUUGACCACUCUGCUUGUUGUUUGGCCCCGUCAGUGAAAACGCUAAGCUCAGUUGUUAAUGCUGAGUGUUCAUCAUGAUUGGUCUGUGUUUAUACUCUCCUCAUUCUCAGUGCUGUCUGUCUGGUGUGAUGGCUGUGCUGUUGGUACUUCUCCACUCGGUGCUCCUAUUGUCCCUCCACACACCUGGUCGAGCAUCUCCAUCCUGCCCUGUGAGCUGUCGCUGCUACAGCCUCACGGUGGAGUGUGGCUCCACCGGCCUGAAGGACACCCCCAAACACAUUCCUCCAUCCACACAGACCAUCUUCCUCCAGGACAAUGUGAUUGGUCAGAUCCAUCGACGGGACCUCGCUCUGCUGAGGCACCUGCACUACUUGUACUUGCAGAACAACACCAUUUCAGCAGUGGAGCCUGGCUCUUUCCAGAACCAGGGUCAGUUGUUGGAGCUGGCUCUGAACGGGAACAGGAUCCACCUAGUGACAGCUGACAUGUUUCAGGGACUUGAACAUCUCCGCAUUCUCUAUCUGGCAGGAAAUGACAUCACACGCCUCCUGGACUACACCUUCCGUGGCUUACAGCGUCUACAGGAGCUCCAUUUGCAGCACAACAGUAUAGAGAUGUUAGCAGACCAGGCUCUAGUUGGUUUGACUUCUCUGGCUCUGCUGGACCUGAGUAGGAAUAAUCUUCACACCAUUGGCCCUGCGUCUCUGCGACCUCUGGUCAGCCUGCAGGUGCUGCGCAUCACAGACAACCCCUGGCGCUGUGACUGUGCUCUCCACUGGCUAAGGAGCUGGAUUGAUGAGGAGGGUCAGCGACUGCUCAGCUCUGCAGAACGUCGGCUGGUCUGCACUGAGCCACCUCGCCUUUCCCACCUUAGCCUGGUGGAGGUCCCUCUCAAUAGCCUGGUGUGUAUCCCUCCACUGGUGCAGCUGGAGCCCAGAAGGCUAGCUGUGCGCCUGGGAGAGAGCCUCAGGGUGUCCUGCCAUGCAUCUGGUUACCCUCGACCACAGGUGACCUGGCGGAAGGCGUCACAGAGUAAAGUGGUGCUUUCUCCGAGAGGCUUGGUUCAGGAGCUGGGUGCUGGAGGAGGAAGAGUGGGCGGAGCAGAGGAGCCCUCAGAGGAAAGCAGAGUCAAUCUGCAGAAGACUGACGGCGAGCGCUUUGACCCCGACACCGGCAGUGGCAUGUUGUUUCUCAGUAAUGUGACUGUGGCUCACGCAGGUUUCUAUGAGUGUGAAGCCUGGAACGCAGGGGGCGUGGCCAAGGUGACCUUUCAGCUUGCCAUCAACUCAUCCACUUCCACCUCUUCCUCCUCCAUCUGGGCCUCAUGGUCCCAGGUGUCCUCACCAUAUUCCCCAGCCUGGCCCCGUCUAAGGAGCCAUGGUCCUGCUUUGGGCUCAGAUGUAAGCCGGGAGCCCCUGUACGCGCUGGGCAGCAUGGCCUUCAGCGCUCUCGGAGGUGCCACUCAGACUGCCAUCGCUGUGGGCAUCUCCCUGCUGGCUCUGACCGCUCUGCUGCUGGUCGCUAUGAUCUAUAGCCGACAUCACCAACGAAACAAAGAAGCUGAUGGAGCUGAGAAGGAGGAGAGCAUCCUGUAUGUGAAUGACUACUCUGAUGGCCCCACCACCUUUGCCCAGCUGGAGGAGUACCGUGACGAGCGCGGCCAUGAAAUGUAUGUCCUUAACCGGGCCAAGCCUGUGCUGCCUCCUGCGCUACCCACAGCUGUCUCCAACAUGAACCUGGGUUGCACUGCUCCAUCUGACACCUCCAGCCACACCCUCUCCUCGGGGCCAGGCCAGCCCAUGAGUCCCACUCUGGCCCCCAAUAAACAGCAGCAACAGCAGCAGGAGGUCGACAUACGGACCAUGAGAAGAAUGGCGGGGGAGGGAGGGGAGGCAGAGCCUGUGAUCACAUCAGAGGCUGAAGGGAUGUUUCUUAAUCACACAGGUCUGUUCAUGGACUCUCAGAUCGCCUACGAGAUCCACUGCUGAAUGGGGGAGAGACCACUCCAGCACAGAGGCAUUAUGUGUGUGUGAGACCAGUUGACAGCAAAACCCAUCACAUUAUGUAAGAGUGACCGGGUGCCACUGCUGAAAUCUACCAGCAACUGACAGAUGUACUCGUCCCUGUGGAAGGAUUUACUUUCUCCACUCAUCUUCUCUAAUUGGAGAUGGUUUACAUACCAGGUAGAGCUCAGAAUCUGGUUUAUUAAAUCAGUAGGACUGAGACCUUUCAUUGGACAUGCUGUGACCUUGCACGCCAAAACAUGAGUUGGCUAGUGGGUAGAUUGCCCUACACCCAAAGACCAUUUUAACUGGUAUAUACUGAGCUGCACACAAAAGACCUGUCCUGUACAUGAACAUCUGGGUCAGCAUUUAUGAGAACUAAUUUCAUACCAGAAACCUUCCACUGUCAUAGCUGUAGAGAGAGUUAAUAUCUCUCCUCUGAAGAACUCAAACAAAACUCAUUGGUAAUUUGCAGUGUGAGUAUAAUAAAAGGGGAAAUCAUAGAAUCUUCCAGUUCAUGAGCAUGUGGUAACCCUAGUCUGUUUUAUAACUGUUGUUAAUGUCUGCCAGUGCUGGGCAAAUUACUCAAAAAUUGUAAUAAGUUACUAGUUACUUAUUAAAACUAUUACUUAAAGUAA